AUGGAAAAUUGUAAAAAAGAGCUAGAAUUGUACAUGAGAUUCUAUUUUAAAAGCAAUCCAACGUCUACAAAAGCCGAAGAGACGCAGGCAGUGAUCGCAAAGGCCGAGGAGUAUAUUCAGAACACUCUUCCAACAAUAUUUAGCAAGAAUCACGUCUACACCACCAAUCAAAAAGCGCUUUUGCUCUCUGAAGCCGGAAAGUUGUAUAAUGUCAUAUGGGAUUAUAAUGAAAGCGCCGAGAAAUUCCUCACAAAAGCUGUCAGACUAAACCCAAAAAAUGCAGAUACCUGGCACGAGUUGGGUUUGUGUGUCAUGAAGCGACAGGACCUGGAAUUCGCUCAAUCUUGCUUCAAUAUCUCCCUCGGCAUCGUUCGAACGGCUCCAGUGCUCACUUCGCUGGCUAUAGCCUUGAGAUUAGUUGCUCUGAAUCAUCCGGAACCAGCGCAGACUGAAAUGCGCACAAAAGCCAUGGAAUUGAUUAUUGAAGCACGCCGACUGGAUCCGACUCAUGGUCCGGCGAACGCCGCAUUUGCCACGGGGCUUUUUUAUUGCUUUUUUAGUACGGCGAAAACUGAGCUACAGUAUUUGGAGAAAGUUGUGGAGAAUUAUCGAAAAGCGUUGAGAGAGUGCGAAUUGUCGAGGACAGAUGUACAGGUCUACAUCAACAUGUCCACCUGCCUAAAAUUCAUGGAAAAGUACGACGAAACGCUGGAAUCGCUUCAAAAAUCCGUCGAAUUCGAUGCGAGAAACGAGCUGGAAACGCGCGAAAAACGCGAUUCUUUCGUCAAAUAUUUGAGAAAUUUCGCCGAAAGUGUACAGAAAAAAGGGCGAAUCAAGGCAAAACGGUUGGCUGAAAUGGUCGGGGAUUUGAAGAAAACCGCGAGUGGAAAUGAUGGAUUUCGAGUGAAAAUCAUUGGAAACGUUGGACAUGAGGAGGCGAUUCCAGUAGCCCUGGUCGGUGUGGAUGUCAAUGGUGAGGUGUACGGUAUCACCGUCUACAAUUGUCUCUCGAAUUUCGGAUUCGUCAUCGGGGAUACGGUAACGAUAGCGAAGCCCGAUAUUCGGGAAUUGAAGAAUUUUCAAAUUCCCUCCCAGCCGCCAAUCCACGUGGAAUGUCUGAAAUGGGUCCGUGUGGCUACGCCCACGCAGAUCAAGAAAAACGGAGUGGCACUGACGGAUUCGGUGGUGGCGAGAGCAUUCACGACCACACAGACUAAAUGA